GCAGAGAGAGAGACUAAAAAGUGUGAAAGGUUUAUCUAAUAAACAUUUCCACUGGUUUUAAUGGUAAAAAGUAAAAUGGACCAGUUCAGUGCAUGAUGGUGGACAAAGUAACUCUGUUUGAUGUUAUCUCAUCACACCGCUGUGUUGAUUGUUUUCCCACAACAGCACACCUCAGGCGCUUUAUUCCUAAUAUAACCGGAUUUAACUCCUGUUCAACAGGUGGCGGUGAUUAAUGCGGGAACUGCUAAUAGCCUGAAUAAGGAAUAAAAGCGGUUACGUCCCCAAUAGCACACGAGCUCCAUAUGUAGACUGCAAAAGUACUGGCGAUUUUAUUAGUGCACUUUGCUUAGUGCACUUUGCGCGGAUUGGGACGUUUCCCCUCUUUACAAGUUGACGUUGCUGCUUCGGGAAAUUGGCGUUGAGGUGGAUCUGAGGAGGAUGUGGGCCGAGCAGAAGCGAGGGAUCCACGUCACACAGGAUGAGCUGCUCUGCAAAGAUGGCUGUGGGUUUUAUGGCAAUCCGGCCUGGCAGGGAUAUUGUUCCAAAUGCUGGAGAAAGAGGACACGCACGGCUGAAACCAUCAAAGAGGAUCAUGGGCUUCCUGAUGGACAUUCCCAGGUUAAUUUGUCUAAAACAGAAGAGAAGAAAAAUGCUAGACGCUCCAACUCUCUUAUGCGACUCUUCUGGGGCAGUUCUUCACCACCACAGCAAGAGUCACCUGAAGGUGAGGAUGUAGCCCUAAAGGCCUUCCAGAGCCUGGAGCCUGGCGAUUUCCCUGGAUUCCUCAAACUUCUGCGCAAGCCGCCCGCUCAACGUCUUCAAUCACGCUGCACAACCUUCCUCAACACAAUCGAGGCUUACCAUAACCUGCCUGUACAGAAACAGUCAGACCUGGUGCAGGAUUUCUACCAGAGUAUUUCUAUUCACUUCGAUGGUCUGUCGGAGCCACAGGUUUCUCAGAUGAUGGAACAUGUCGAGAAGUUGAUUAUGACUCGUCUCCACAAGUGGGUGUUCUGCCAUGAUAGCUGUGAUGACGAACAGAAGGAUCUAACACUCCAGAAAAGAAUCAAGUCUUUGAACUGGGUCACUCCUGAGAUGCUGCGUGUGCCUUUUCCACAGGGAGGCUCGGACAGCAGUGACCCGUAUUUACCUGCAAUUACAGCCAUCAUAGAGAUGGAUGCUAAGCGUGCGCCUCAGGACAAACUGGUUUGUCUGUCCAAGUGCAGUCAGCAUGUUUUCCAAGCUCUCGCCUCAGAGAGCCGGCAGCCGGCAAACGCGGAUGACUUCUUGUCUGCUCUUAUUUAUGUCGUGCUGCGGGCCAACCCACCCCGUCUGCACUCUAACAUAAACUACAUUGUCCGCUUUGGUCUGCCACACAGCCUGAUGGCAGGGGAGAGUGGUUACUACUUCACCAACCUGUCAUGCACUGUUGCCUUUAUUGAGAAGUUGGACGGCCCAGCUCUUAACCUCACUCCGGAGGAGUUUAACAGCUACAUGCAGGGCCGAAGAGCAUCGGCUGUGCCAGUCGAAAACACCGGCCAAAGGAGAGCCCAGGAAAACCGAGAGCAACUGGAAAAACUGAAGACCCGGCAAGAUAAGGUCGAACAAGACGCACGUGCUUUUCAGGAGCAGCUGGAUUCGUGGGUACGUUCUGUGCAGGGCCAAAUAGAUGAAGUCAGGGCUCAGUCAGUGUUGGUCCUAAAGGAUGUCGGAGCUGAAUCUCAGCCCGGAAAAACCGUGCGCUGACUGUUCUUUACUUGUGAUUUGUUUGUCAUCAUGCUGAAUCUGCACUGCUGGAUUAAAUGAAAUUUAAACAGAAGACAGUAAAUCUUUUUAUUUUGCACUGAUGCUGCAACCCAGAUUUUGCCAGGUUGAAAAUUUAUUAGCACUGUAUUUGCACUUAUGACUUACAGUUGACUAGAUGAAAUGUACAGUGAAGGACCAGGGUUUCUCCUCCUCCCAGCCUAAGGAAAGUUAAACCAUAUUCAAAUAUGUAGUAUAGUAUACUCUAGUUCACCUAAACAUGGUGAACACAGCUGUCAUCACUGUUCAAGAUAAAUUUGGGCUCUUUUUCUGUUAAUGCAGCGUAUAAAAAAUGUCAUGUUCUUGUAACAUCAGUAUUAUUGCAAUGACAUUUUAAGAUACCCAAUGUGCACUUAUUCUCUCAUAUUCCACGUCAGGUAUCUUCUCUAGUUCUUUAACAGGGUCCCAGGGCUUCGUUUAUGAGCGCACGCCGUGGCUCGUUUGCCAUGAUUGUGUUUUAGCUCCUGUUAGUUGCAGGUCAGUGUAAAGCUGCACAUAAGUUCAUCAGGGAAGAGAAGUUCCUACUGAGCACAGCAGGCUCCUAAUCAGUGAGGAAUAUGGAUCAGUAAAUUCUCCUGAGAAAUAAACACUUUUCAGGAAGACCACGACAACAAGCUGAGCUUUAUGGCAGUAAGUUCCUAAGCUUUAGACUACAGUAAAUGUAACACUAAAACCUUGGUGCUGUAAAACUACUAAACUCUCAAUAUCUUGGCCAACAUCCACUUAGAAGCAGCAUUAUUAAGUCAUCCACUAAAUUCCUUUUAGCCUGAGGUCACUGGAAAGCUAUGCAAAAAAACACACAGCUUUCAGACAGAUCUUUUUGACCUAGACUCUGUGUUCAUUGUAUUAUGUAGAACUGCUUGAUUUAUUCAAUGUUUUUGAGUUGCGGAACUGUACUAGUAAUAAAUAUUCUUUUGACAAAUUAACCUUUAAAGUAGGUACACUAGCUCUUGACAAUUUCCUUUUCUCUUUUGUUUUCUGAUUGUUCUCUUUUGGUUUUUUUCCUUUGGUACUUAAGAUAAAACCUCAAAACCAGCAGAAACUGACAGUUUGGUGCUGGUUGUAGAUAUUUAGAUAUCUAAAUGUGUCUUAGACGUUGCCAUUUCUCUUCCUGUAAGCAGUGGUGUGGUUACUGUGACUUGUUCUGAAUGAGGUGUGUGUGAUGCAGCUAUUGAUGAAGAAAUCAAAUUUUUUGUAGCUGUUUCAUCUGGAUAGAAGCUGUUUAUUUAAAUAUUGAAAAUGAAGGAUUUAUAAAUGGAGUAAGGAAAUACAUGAAUGUGAAAAUUAAAGUUAUUAAUAAAGUGAAUUCCACAGAGA